CCUUCACCUUCACAGCGCUCACCAGCGCAUACAUUCAUUACACACUACCUCUCUCUCUUAACCCCACACGCUCAGCCGAGAAGCCUAUCAUGAACAACGCAAGAGGUUUCGCCCACGUUCGUGUGGGCCAUGCAGGAUCGCCCAUAAACUUUCACCACAAGAAGAGAGCCUCGAGCUCCAGCUGUACCUCAGGGGGCUUCUACAUAUCGCCUGCCAGCGGACAGACCGUAUCCGUUUCAGACCCCUUCUCCAUGGCUUGGGACCCGAGCUGCCUCACUGGCGUCUCUGCCGUUGACAUAUAUGUCAUCGCCCAGUCCCUCUCUGUCCCCCGCAUCCACAUGUGGCAAAACGUCAACAACGCCCUGGGGAGCUACAACAGUUCCCUCGACGCCGCGUGGUGGAACAGCACCAGCUCGAUGGACCUCCAGCUCUCCAUCGUCGCCUCGGGAACUCAGCCCUUCCUCAGCCCGUUCCCAGCCGCCCCUGUCUUCACAGCCACGUACGACGACACCAAGUCCGCGUCGUACGGCUCCACCGGCUCCAGCGCUGUCACGUACGUGAACAACUUUGGCGGGAACAAGUCGCUCUCGCGCGGCAAGAUCGCAGCUGGUAUCCUCAUCCCACUGCUAUUCAUUGGAUUGGCUGCCGCGUGGUAUCUCAAGCGUGCGCGCGCCAAGGGCAAGGAAAAGACGAAGCGCUUCUCCGAGAUGGUCGACAAGCGCAUGUCAGUCAUCUCCAACGACUGGAAGGCCAUCUCCGUCGCCGGCGCCCAAGCCGCCGUACGUCACAGCAUGGCGCUCAGCAGUAGCGGGAACCGCAAUUCGACCUUCGGCGGUGGGAGCGCGGUCAGUUCCGCCGGCGCCGUCGAUGGCAUGCACGCGGUGUCGAUGGACGAGCCGAGGGACGGUCGUAUUCCCGCUGCGCAUAUUCGGCCCGGUGUGCGCACGUCGGCGUUUGGAGACCGGGUGUCGAGGGUGUCGUUUGCGGCGGAUGUGAGGCCGUCGCUGGAGUCCCGCCGCGCGGUCGUCAGCCGUGCGUUCCACAAUGGCUUUGUUCCCCCGGUUCCCAUUAUCCCCGAUUCUGGUGUUUCGACUCCCGGCAGCGAUGAGAUGUCGCCCACGCAGACGCACGGCGCGAUGCCACUGAAUGAGGAAGAGAUCUUCCCUUCCUUGCAGAUGAUGCACGAGAACUCCAGCGGCGACAGCUAUCUCCUGCCAUCCCCCCAGCACGAACAGUACCCCGAAAACCACAUGCAGAUGCCCAGCCCGCCCGCGCCCGCAGUGACCAUGGUCCCCGCGGCAGUCAUGUCCCCCGACGCGCUCCUCCGCGCGUACGCCGAGCGGCGCGUCACGUCGCCCGGUCCCGGCUCCCCAGGCAUCAGCAGCAAGCCCACCAGCCCCGCGCCCGCGUUCCCGCAGCCGAUGCACUUCACUGGUCCUCUCGGAAACGGAAACGGCAGCGGUAAUGGUUAUGGUCACAGCCCGAACAUGAGCUUGGGCGCCGGUGCGAGUGCUGUGACGGGCGCGAGCGCGAGCAACGGCGGUAUGCGCGUGCUGUAUGCGCCUACGACGCCGCCGCCGGCUGCGCAGCUGCCCGAGCUGCCGUUCCAGCAUCAACAGCAACAGGGGAUGGGACAUAGUGCAAAGAAGAGCUCGGGCGUUGCGCGGUUUACGAUUUAUGAUGACGAGGACGCGUAUGCUGGGACUGCCAGUUAGGCGUUUUCCCGUUGAACAUAUGGGUAUCUCUCGUUGUCGAAAAUGUGGUUGUAAUCUGGGUUUCGUUUGUUCUCUUGUUGGUCUUUCUGGUUCGUACUUUACGUCUAUGUCGUGCUGAAAAUGCGUUUUUAGCGCGCCCCCUGCGUCUGUCUGUCCGUCUGUCCGUCUCUGUCCUCUCCUUACCCUUCACCCCUUGUCGCUCUCACCUGCCUAUCCUUGCCACCUUGCCACCUUGCCACAUCCUACCCCCCUUCCUGAGCUGACCGCGUUCACAUGCGAUUCCUGUCUUGUCUUCUGUUCUGUUCUGCCUACCCGGUCUUUUGCACAUAGGUGUACCUCUUAUUCCUCAGUGUCAUUUCUAGCCCCCUCCAUAACACAGCCUACAGCGUAGUCUCUAGUCUCUAUCCGUCUACAUACCUCCGUAUCUAUUGACUCCGGUUCUUUGAUCCUUUGACUCGACUUGUCUUCUGGGGCGUUGACGCGCCUGUUCGUUUUAUCAUACCAUACCAUACCGAUUCUUGUCGUUACCAUUACCAUUACCCCUGUUUUGUCCUUCUUGAUGUAGGGACGCCGUAUUCAUACCCACCCUCUUACUCUUUUUCACAAAUCAUACAAGUACCUACGUACGUGAGCUAGGUUUAUUUUUAUUAUGUUUGGAAAGGAUGUCGAUGGAUAUCGGAUGUUACAGAGUAUCUCCUUUGAUGUUCGAUGGCGGGUUGCGAUUAACGGUGUCUUUGUUGGCGAGCUUGCGAGUUUAUGGGUUUUUUGUGUUUUGUGUUUU